AUGGAUUCCUUGAGGGAAAUAGAAGGCAAACAAGUUCAUGAUCCUCUCUCUGAGAAAAAUAUGAAUAAAACUUCACGUUGUGUAUUUGUCCCUGGUCCAGUUAUUGUUGGUGCUGGUCCUUCAGGCCUAGCCGUGGCAGCUUGUCUCAAAGAAAAAGGUUUCUCAAGUAUGUUACUAGAGAGAUCUAGUUGUAUAGCAUCGUUGUGGCAGUUAAAGACUUAUGAUCGCCUAAGCCUUCAUUUACCAAAACAAUUCUGCGAGCUUCCUCUCAUGGGCUUCCCUAGUGACUUUCCAACUUACCCUACUAAGCAACAAUUUAUUCAUUAUUUAGAGUCGUAUGCAGACAGGUUUGAGAUUAGGCCACAGUUCAAUGAGACUGUGUCACAUGCCGAAUAUGAUAAAGUUAUUGGGUUUUGGCGCGUGAAGACUAUUGGGAAAAAGUCAGAGAAGACCGAGUACGUGUGCCGGUGGUUGGUGGUGGCGACCGGAGAGAAUGCGGAGGCGGUGGUGCCACAGAUUGAUGGAAUGGGAGAUUUUGGAGCGGUUAUAAGGCAUACAAGUUCUUACAAAAGUGGAAAGGAUUUUAGAGGGAAGAACGUUUUGGUGGUAGGGUGUGGGAAUUCUGGAAUGGAAGUUUGUUUGGAUCUCUGCAAUCAUAGCGCCAAGCCUUCACUUGUUGUCAGAGAUACAGUGCAUGUUCUACCUCGAGAGAUGCUAGGCAAAUCAACUUUCGGGUUGUCCAUGUGGUUGCUCAAGUGGCUGCCCAUGCGCCUUGUGGAUCGGUUCCUGCUGAUAGUGUCGAGGCUAAUGCUUGGUGAUACGGCACGACUUGGAUUGGACCGGCCGGAAUUGGGUCCCCUUGAACUCAAGAACUUGUCCGGGAAGACCCCAGUAUUAGAUGUUGGAACACUGGCCAAGAUCAAAAGUGGUGACAUUAAGGUAUGUCCAGGAAUUAAGAAGCUAAAACGUCAUACCGUAGAGUUUCUUGAUGGGAAAACGGAGAAAUUUGAUGCUAUUAUUUUAGCGACAGGCUACAAAAGUAAUGUGCCAUCUUGGCUAAAGGAAGGAGACAUGUUCUCUGAGAAAGAUGGGUUUCCUAAAAGACCAUUUCCAAAUGGAUGGAAAGGGGAGUGUGGGCUAUAUGCAGUGGGGUUCACUAAACGUGGAAUAUUAGGAGCUUCAAUGGAUGCUAAAAGAAUAGCUGAAGACAUUGAACGGUGUAGGGAUGAAGAAGCUGCACCGUAUGAUCGUCGAUCACUACUUUUGAUUGAUGACCUAUAUCGGAAAAAGGAAGAACAGAAAAGAAAAGGUUACAUGGGGAAAGAGAGUUCUGCAAGAGAACCCUUAUCUUUUCAAGAUGACACCAACCAAACUAAGCAUUGGAGUAAGGAGGAAUCUGAGGGUGAAAGAAGGUUGUUGUAG